CGUCGCUAUAUCUCGUCUUUGACGCACUACGCCUCGUAUCAGUUUAAACGAAAACCAGCUGUGGAGAGUCGAGUUCGUGUGCUUCAGAUAUAUUGAGUUUUCAUGUAAUCUAAUGGAGCCCAAAGACAAUUCACGAGCUUGUAGUGCAAAAAAGCCAAGGCUAAAUGAAGAUACUACAAUCGAAACCUUAGUGAUAAAGAUAGAAGAUGAUAGUGAUAAAGACUCUGAACUCGACGAUGACGCGAACUACCAGUGGGAAGAAAAUAAAUCGGAAACUAGCGAAUGUGAACCGGAAAUCGGCGAGUGUUCAUCUGAUAGUGACGAUAAUGACCAAACCUAUGAAACUAUUUUGCAGUGUAAUGGAUUUAUUGAUAGCGACAAGGAAAUCGACUCUGAAGAAGAUGAUGAAGAAUGGGACGAGAGCGACCAGGAAAGUGACGAAGACAAUAAGGCCAUUGAUAGUGAACAUAAGGAACAUAAUAUGGCAACGAGUUCGGUAAGAUCAAGACCAUAUUGGACUAAACUACCCUUCCAAAUGAGGGAAAUUCCCUUUACCAAAAAGCAUCAUUUUUUGGCGCCCAUUAAAUCACAUCCAGCAAUUGAUUUCUUCUUUAUGGUGGCUACUGAGAAUUUUUUUGAAUUAAUCAUAAAUGAAACUAAUUUUUAUGCGAAAACUAUCUCGUCUUCAUGGGAACCUUUGGGGUUAAAAGAACUAUACAAGUUUUUAGGAAUUGUUCUCCAUAUGAGUAAUAUUCGCCUGCUCAAAACAAAACACUAUUGGGAAUCAAAUGCUUUAUUGAACAUACCCUGCUUUAAAAACAGCAUGAGUUACAAACGAUUUAAGUCUAUAAUGAAACACUUAGCAUUUGCUAGAAAUCCCCCAUCAGAUGACAGUUCAGAUAAGUUGUGGAAAGUUCGUCCUUUAAUUGAAUUUUUUAACAACCGAAUGAAGGAAAUUUAUUACCCUACCAAAGAGCUUAUCAUUGAUGAAUCGAUGAUUUUGUGGCGCAACAAACUUGUAUUUCGCCAAUUCAGUAAAGAUGCAGAAAACAAAACCGCAACUAAAUUAUAUUCACUAAGAGAUUCUAAAGGCAUGGUUGUUAAGUGUUCCAUUUAUAAUACAAAAAUAGAUGAUAAGGGAACAACAAACCAUGCAGCAGAAGUAGUUUUAGAUCUUCUAAAAGAUAAACUAAAUGUUGGUCAUUCAGUUUAUUUGGACUAUUACUAUAAUUCUUAUGAUUUGUCUUACAGAUUAUUGGAACAAAACACGUAUACUACCGGAACACUUAGAAAAAGUAGCAAAGCAAAUCCCAAAGGCCUUAAAGUUCAACCAGAACCGGGCAAAACUAUAUUUAGAUUUUCAAACGGAGUAUUAAUUGGAAAAUGCUAUGACUUACACCAUGAUACGAUCUACAUAUCUACAGAGCACGACAACAAAAUGGUAGAUCUGAAAAAUCAAUUUUACGAACAAGAAAUGAAGCCCAAGUUAAUAGCCGAAUACAAGAAAAUUAAGUCAGAAGUUAAAGACCUUAAAGAUCCAGUAGUUAGCCAUUAUCACAGCACUCGAAAGAAUUUGGAAUGGGAUAAAAAAGUCGGAAUCCAUCUUAUCGAAUUGAUGGUUUUAAACGCUUUUAAAUUAUUCUGUUUAUCCGAGGUAAGCUGUUCUGAUAUGAGAGGAAUUGGCGAUUAUGAAUUUCGGUUGGCAUUAAUAAAUCGACUCCUUCUUGGUCCUAAAAUUCGAAAGAAAAAAACAACUAAACCUGGCGUAAUAGAUAAACAAAUACCGCAUUUUAUUAGUAAGUAUAGCAAAUUGGCCAACGGUAGACAGAUGAGAAGAAGAUGUCGGCAUUGCCAUAACCAAAACGUAAGAAGGGAUAGCAUGUUCUAUUGUCAAACUUGUCCGGAUGCUCCAGCGUUAUGUUGCGAUUGCUUUGACCCAUACCAUAUGUAAACACCGCUGUCAUUUAAAAUGUAUUUUUUUUAUAUUUUGUCAGAUUUAUAUUUGCCGUCAAAUAAAACUCGUAAUAAAAAUAUUUGAAACUCGUAAUAAAC